GAAGUAAACAAGUCAAAUAACUGCCAAUUUAGGAGCUGAUUAACUGUCCUACGGUUAAUAAUUAAGUGGCACACAGUGAUAACAUCAUACUUUCAGGUUGUUUGGAAAAGUAUAGCGUGACACAGGUUAAACUGGUUGCAUUUACAGAGGUAUCACACUAAGGCCGGAAACCAGCACUUGAGAGAUCACGGUCUUGAAAAUGAUAUCUCCACUAAUUGCCUUCUUGUUGGUAGGGAAUCUGGUAAAUGCUGUUACAAGCAACUUAUGGGAUGAUGAACGGGCUACGGAUAGCAAAAUAGCACAGGAAAAGGUUGGUUUUUAUCGACUUAAGCCACAAGAGGCAAAAGAUAAAGUUGGUGGUGAAAAGGAGUAUAGAGUUACCAAAGCGGAAGAAUCAAACAAAAAAACAGAUGACAAAACUGCGGUAAAACAAAAUGAAAAUAAGGGAAAAGAUGAAGAAAAGAGAGUGGAUAAGAGCAAAGAGGAAGCGAACGUGGCCGAAAAAAGUGAGAGAGAGGGGGAAGACAAAAAGAUAGCUGGAAAAGAGGGGCAGAUAAAAAAGGGAGAAGACAAACAAAAAGGUAAGGGGGAAACGAGAAAAGAAGAAAAGGGAGAAAAGCUGAGCGAGCAGAAACAAAAAGAAGAAACAGAACGGAAAGAUGAAGAAAAACAGAAAAAGGGGGAGAAACAGAAAGGGGGAGAGAAAGAAAUCGAGCAAACUAAGCAAAAGAAAUUGGAAAAGAAAAAUGAAGAGAUGAAAAAAGAAAAGGAUGGAGCGAGUAACGAAAAAGAGAAAAAAGAAGAAAAAAAGGAAAUAGAAGCUAAAGAAAAGAAAGGUAACGAAGAGCAGGAAAAGGAAAUAAAAAAUCAGAAAAAUAUAGAAAACAAAGAAAAAUCAGAAACAGAUCAGAAAAUUGAAAACAAAGUUGAAUCAAAUGCAAACAACAAAGUGUCAGAUAAUGAGUUGCUGAUUUCAGCGCAAAAAGGACAAAAUUCUAAGGAAUCCGAAACAAGCAAUGCUGAGGAAGAGAGACAGAAAAACGUCAACAAGGCAGACGAGGCAAACAACAAAGUUAAUAAGGAGACCAACAAAGAAAGAGGAAUGAAAACUGAAGAGAAAAAGGGUCAUGACACAAAAAUUGAAAAUGACAAGGAAGCUGAUAAAAUGCAUGAGGAAAAUAAGAAUGACAAGGAAGAAAAAGGCAAAGAAAGCAAGAUUGAAGAUAGGGACGAUGUUGCUGAUAAACUUCAUACAGAUAACAAGGUUUACACAGACAAUGCUCAGAAAUUGGAAAAACGUGGAUACAAGAAGAUCGGGUCCGAAUCUAGAUUGGCAAACACAAGACAGGGGUUCAAGGAUGAUGAGUCGAAGCAAAAUUGGCAUGAAAAGACGAAUAAUGCAAUGUUUGCGAGGAAAAGCAAUAAUAAGAUGCAAAGUGACAAGGUCAAGAAAAAUACAGGUGGUUUGGAGAUAAACGAAAAGGAAAUCAAUGCAGAAACAGCAAAUGCAGCGAGAAAUAAUAACGGUGGGCAUCCAAGUCAAGUGGCGAACAAGUUCAAAGAAGGAAAUACCCAGAGAAGCGGAGAAAAAACAGAGAAAGACCGAAAAGAACAAAGCAAAAUCAAGACCUUGCAAGCAAACAUCAAUGCAUAUAAUUCAAAAUCAAUCAAAGGUUAUAAAACGGGCAAUGAUAUGACGAAGGGAGGAUCAGAGAAGAUGGGGAAAAAAUAUAAGAAGAUCAACAAAGUGAAAAAGCAACAAGCUGCAAAAAGUAUCAAAUUGAAAGCAGAAGGUGGUAAAUUGUUUCAAGGACGUCCUUUGGAAGGGGAAAUUCUGCAAAAGAAGCACAGUGGUUGAAAGAGCAAUCAAGAACAACAGCUAACAUUGACAAUGCAAGGAAUUAUAACAGUAACGAGACAUUUGCUAAGAUCUGAACAGGGGAAACGGUGAUAGACGAAGGGGGAAGGGGGUAUUAACGACAAUACCACACAAGAAAAGAUGGUUACUGUGGACAUAUAAACACAAGGACAGACAAAAAUGUAUACUUUAAAUAUUGAAAACUCAUUGCAAUCCUGAAAAUUAUGAAAUUAAUCUUAUUGAU